UCACUUUGGUCAACCAAACAAAAAGGACGAUUGCAUUGCAGCUGCUGUAUAAACGAUAUUUUGUUACAAAUUUGUUUUCGAUUUAAAAUUCUUAAAAUGCUUUCGAGCUGUGCAGCAAGGUCGAUCAAUUUAGUGCGUGGCAGUAUGCGCACUAUUGCCACGAGCGCAGUGCAACGCAGUGAUCAUCUCUUCGUGCACCGCGACACUCCGGAAGACAACCCAAGCAUCAAAUUCGAGUUUACGCCAGAGAAUAAGAAGCGUGUUGAAGCUAUUAUCAGCAUUUACCCAGAGGGUUACAAACGCGCCGCCAUGAUCCCACUGCUCGAUUUAGCGCAACGCCAAUAUGGUUGGUUGCCCAUCUCGGCCAUGCAAAAGGUUGCCGAAAUUCUAGAAGUAUCACAUAUGCGAGUUUACGAAGUCGCUACUUUCUACACAAUGUUUUUGCGUCAACCCACUGGCAAAUACCAUAUACAAGUAUGCACUACCACGCCAUGCUGGCUACGUGGUUCUGAUGAAAUUAUGGAAUGUUGCAAGAAAACUUUGGGUGUGGAACCAGGUGAAAAGACUAAAGAUGGCCUGUUUACCAUUUCUGAAGUAGAGUGCUUAGGUGCUUGUGUUAAUGCACCAAUGGUCGCCAUUAAUGACGAUUAUUAUGAAGACUUAACCGUCAAAGACAUGCAACAAAUAUUAGCGGAUUUCAAAGCGGGCAAACCAUCACCACCUGGUCCACGUAGCGGUCGUUUCGCCAGCGAACCUGCUGGCGAGCCCACCUCGCUGAGUGAGGAACCAAAGGGACCUGGAUUCGGUCUGCAGCCAGCCCUCCAAUAAUUUGACUAAUUUAUCCAAUUUUUUGCUCUUUAAUCUUGAAUAAACCCCGAUGAAAUGAA